AUGGUCCGUCUUCUUACCUUUACUGUUCUGGCUGCUGCCACCGUCGAGGUAGCCUUUGCUGUUGCCCUAUCGACUCCACAAAGCCCCGCCAAUGUUACUAUUUGGCGUCGUGGUGAUGUCCCUGUUACUACUGUGGUAGCGGAUGCAACCGAGACAGCCGUUACAGGUGACAAGGCACCCACUAAGAACAAGGAUGAAGAGAGCGUUCCCAAUGACGACUCAGUCACCAGUGACGACGAUGGAGUCUCCACCGACGGUUUGCACUGGCGCCGCAGGGGCAGAUGCCGCUCCGACCUGGACUGUGAUCUUGGUUACCUGUGCAGUGCCGGCCGUUGCAUUCUUGGCUGCCUGGCUGAUAAAGACUGCCGCCGAGGUCAGACAUGCCUGGGUGGACAGUGCCGUACUGCAGGCGGAGCCAACCCCCCGUCAUGCAAGCCUUACAAGCAGCUGUGCGCCGCCAAUGAAGAGUGUUGCUCGGGUGUCUGUCGUCUGGGAUGGCGUCUGACGAGGGAGUGCAAGCAUAACAAGAACUGA